AUGGCGCCUCGACGCGGCAGCGGAAGCUAUUCCAGCUAUGUCGACGAUAAUCCGUGGAGCGACACGACCUGGCUGUCACUGGAGCAUUACUACCCGGACGAAUACAAGCCUCUCUUUAUCACCCAAUUUGUCUUUGAUAUCAUUUCCCUCCUCGCGUUCGUCGCCUUCCUCAUUUGGGCAUGCAGAAUCAGAAAUCGUAGUCUCCCGCUGAAAGCACUCAUUUGCGCUCUGAUUUCCUCUAUAUGCUGCCAAAUAAACAUCAUCGCCUGGGAAGCCCUAUAUGUGGCUGAGGCGCAGGUGACGAUGUACUAUUUGAUCAGCUUGAUGCUCUGGGACUUAUUCAAAGUCGUUGCGAUCUGCCUCACCUUCUAUGUCUUCUGGAACCUCAUCCAUCGCCUCCUGGGAUUUAUUAGAGUCUCCGGCAAGCCACACGCGGCAGUGACCACCAUCCAUUAUCUCCUCCUCGGUAUUAUUUUCGUGGCCUCUCUUGCCGAAUGGGGCAUGUGUGUUGCUUCUUACGUGCGAAGCGUGGUUUCCACUCUCAACGCCGAUAUGCAGUGGUCCUGGACACAGCUGAAUGUCGCGGUGUAUAUCAUCUAUUGGCUGCUGUCAUUGGAGAUUCUCGCCUGGGGAAUCUUCCUGGCGAUCAAGGCUCGCAGCUAUGCUUUCUGGUCAAAGUCGCCCGCUAUGGCACUCGUCGCCGCUGCCAUCUCCUGGUGCGCUGUGUGUUCCACCCUGGCCAUCAUUUACAUUCGCUAUAGCCUGAUGCCUACCUCUGCAUAUGACUGGCCGAUAUACCUGGACGCCGCCAGAACUAUUGUACAGUUCGUGCUCUGGGUCGGCACUUACACUGGUCUUCUCCUGUGUUGUGCGAAAUGGCACAACCUCGACCAGGGGCCGAAGUAUCCCGCACCUGAUUAUCAGUCUCAGUUCCCCGAGGGACACUACCCUCAGAUUCAACAGCCAUAUGAUAUUCCUCCGUACGUGGAUCAUUCAACACAGCACCAGGCCCACCCGCACCAUGUCUCGACCUAG